UUUGAGAAUCAUUUCUUGUCAUUUUACUUUCUCAAGUUAAUUGGAAAAGAGCAAGCCAGUGGGAAAGAGUUGGUGGUUUGAGAGUGAGCAGAUCAUUAUAUAUUUACAAUUCUUUUCUGAAAUUUUUCUACAUUGUACUUCUCUAGUUUUCCAUGAAACUGAAUCCUGCCCAUAAAUUAUGGUAUUGUGUCUCAACCAAAGGGAUUAGUUUCAUUGUACAUUGGUAACAGUAUCAACAUGGUGAUAAUGUUGUUAGUCAUGCGUGUGGCAUAGAGUUAGGUUAGUGAGCUGUGACAACACACAGGGAAGGUGUACAGUGACACCUUUCCAUUAAAGAUCAGAUAUUCAGACCCUUGGAAUCUAACUUACUCAUUAUGAGACAGGUGGCUGCCAGUCAAUGCAUUAGGUCCAUGCUAGUUCCAAACAGAGUGAUCCCAUGGGUCACAUUCCCCUACUCUGUAGCUCUGCUACUUGUUCUCACUCACCAGCUUCUCCAAGGAUCGUUGUCAUGGUGGACAGGCUUGUGAAUUCCUGCAGUCCCGAAAGUGACACCGUCUGGAGCAUAGCUCCUAGUAGGGUCACCCAUGGCAGUAAGGUCAAGGGGGUAGGUUCCAAACAAAGAGUGGUCCAACCAAAGCUUUAAUGAUGGAGCUGGAGGAAGAUGAUGACACAUCACAAUGGCAGUGAAGGCUAAGGAAGGCUGCAUCAGUGAAGGGUCCCCAGUCAUCUUGCAUUCCAUGCUACUGGACCCUGACCCUGACCUGCCAAGGACCAUGUGGUGGCCGCCCAUGCAUCAGCCUCCCCAUGUUAAACAAAGCCACACACAGGCAUUCUCCAUUAAGGGAAUAAUCCCCUGAGAGAACAUCGUACUCGCCUCGAAUAAACACACUACUCACCAGACCAUCAAUCUCCUUUGAUUCAUUUGCCAUUAGGGGGUAACUUACCCGUUAACCCCCUGUUAAACCUACCGGCAAAUCUUUGAGAAACAGCAGGAUAACUGGAACAACCAGAGGAAACCCAAACAGCUGCAGGGACAAUAUGGAAACUGCACACAGACAGGAUGCAGGGUCAGGAUCAAACCCAGACCUCGGGAGUUCUGAGGCAGAAGAUCCAACUGUUGUGUUGCGGAAUUUAAAAUCAAUUGAUUAAAUUUUAUGUUAAAAAUUAUAAAGGAUUAAAUCAGUUAUUUCUUCAAGAAAUUUUAUGACAAGUUUGAAAUUAUAGUGCUGUUGAUGAUUACAUUUUAGUGGCUGGUUUAAAUGCCUUAUAUAAUAAACCAGGACCACAGCAAAAUCUUCUAAGCUGUGCUUCCAGUUGUUUUUUCUGACUGCCGGUUUUGCUAUUGUCUCCAAGUAAACCAGUAGCUUUCUGCCUACAAGAGCAAGGAUCCCUGACUUUGGUGGGUGAACAGAUCAAUAAAUUGUUAACUAAUAUUCCAACCAUUCAUAUGCUGAUGUGCUGCAGUAGAAUUUUUAAAAAUAGAGCGAAUAAUACUGCCUGUCAAUGUUUCUCACCACUCACUAUUGAAUGUCUUAGUGAUUAUCUUAUGAUAAUGGCCACCAUUAGGUGCUUCCUCACUAACAAAAUUAUCCUUCCUGCAUCCACUCUAUCAAAAUCCUUGAGGUGCUCCUUUAGGUCAUCCCUCAAGCUUCUUUUCUCUAGAGUAAAGAGAAAACAGUCUAUUCAUUCUUUUUGAAUUAUCUUCACUUUCCUGAUAUUAACCUCGUAAAUCUUAGCUGCACUAUCUCAGGUGCCUGUAUAUCUUUUCCACAAUAGAUUAACCACUACUGUAUGCAAUCAUUUUUAACUGCCGUCUAACCAAAGUCUAAUGCAGUCUGGCAUAACCUCACCAAUUUUCAAUUCAUUCCCUUCAGAAAUAUAUCUCUAUGUUGGGUUUGUUUUUUUUUUAGUAAUCAAGCAAACCUGUGACACAACUUUUAGAGAUUGGUAUAGCAUAUCACACAAACAAUAAGUGAUUUUUUGAAUGAUCCUUCCAAAAUGUAUUGCCAUGCAUUUAUCUGUGUUAAAAUUAACAUGCUAAUUAUUUGGCCAUGCUGCAAUUUUUUUAAUGCUCCUUGUAAUUUAUUGCAAUCUUUUUCAUGAAUGACUGUUCCUCACCACAAACACAUUAAUACCAUAAUAAAUUUAGUAAUUAUGUCUUUGAUUUGAGACUGUAAAUCUUUCAAUUAUAAAUUGCAUACAGCUGUGAUCGCAGCCUUAAUCCUUGUGGAAUAUCUGUUUUACCUUGCUCAAUGAUGAAUAGUUACACUUUACUCCCACUCUGCUUUCUGUCCUGAAGCCAGUUACCAACUCAUUCCACUGCUUGUAUCCUGCAAGUAUUCUCUGAUGCUUCUCUGUACGUCCACCCUGUGGACUACGUGGUAGGUUAAUUGGCCAUUGUAAAUUGUCCCGUGAUUAGGUUAGGAUGAAAUCGGGGUUGUUGGUGUUGCAGGGCAAUGUGGGUUGAAGGGCUGGAAGGGUCUAUUCCAUGCUCUAUCUCUAAAAAAUGUUAUUGGGCCUCCGUCGAUGUCUACGUUUCUUGCUUCCACAGUAAAGCAGCCAACAUAAUCAAAGUCACCUCCCUUCCCAGGCAUUCUCUUAUCUUCCCCCUCCCUUUGGGUAGAAGAUAUAAAAGCCUGAAAGGCCAGGCACAAUGAUUGUUUCUACCAUGGCUCCUUAGUAAAAUAAGAUGGACUCUUGACCUUGUUAUGACCUUGACCUUAUUGUAAUUGUCUACCUGCUCUGAAUUUCUCUGUAACUACAACACUUUAUUCUGCGUUCUGUUAGAAAUGUUUUUUUUUUACUAUGCAUUGAAACAUGUGACAAUAAUUAACCAAUUUACCAAUGUAAAUGAUUUAUUUUAUCACUAUCUGUAAGAGCAGAAUUAAGCUAUUUGGCUCACUGAGUCUGCUCCGCCAUUUUAUCAUGGCUGAUUUAUUAUUUUUCUCAAACCUGAAAGGUUUAUGUUUUAUGCCAAGGCUCUUUACAUCUACCUUGCUGUGUGGGUGGAAGGGGGGAUUGCGUGAGGGUCAACAGGUCACCUAACAGACAUACAGUAUGAGCAUGAGAAAAUCUGCAGAUGCUAGAAAUCCAAAGCAACACUCAUAAAAUGCUGGAGGAAGUCAGCAAGCCAGAUAGCAUCUAUGCAGGUGAUAUCAAUGUUUCAGGCUAAGAUCCUUCAUCAGUACUCAUGAUAGCAUACCAUACGGAAAAUACACUAAUCUGGAGGUUCUCACAAUUAAUUCAGAAUCAGAAUCAGGUUUAGUAUCACUGACAUGUGCUGUGAAAUUUGUUGUUAUGCAGCAGCAGUACAUUGCCAUGCAUAAUAAUAAAAGCUGUGAAUUACACGAAGUAUAUACGUGUCCGUAUACUUUUAUAUAAAUAGUUAAAUCAGUAGUGCAAAAAUAAUGGGGUAGUGUUCAUGGGCUCAAUGUCCAUUCAGAAGGGAAGAAGCUGAUGUGAGCAAUGAGAAGAGGGCUUGUCUUGGGUGAUGGGAGUCCUUAAUAAUGGAUGCCUCCUUUUCGAGGGAUCACUCAGUGAAGGAGUCCUGGAUGUUGGGGAGGUUAGUGCCCAUGAUGGAGCUGACUAAGUUCAUAGCUUUUUGCAGCUUCUUUCCACCCUGUCCAAUAACCCCUACAUACCAGACAUUGAUGCAGCCAGUUAGAAGGCUCUCAAUGGUACAACUGUAGAAAUUUGUGAGUGUCUUUAGUGACAUAUCAAAUUUCCUCAAAUUUCCAAUGAAAUAUAGCCAGUACUGUGCCUUCUGUGUAACAGCAUUAAUAUUUUGGGCCCAGGAUAGAUUCAGAGAUGUUGACGCCCGGGAACUUGUAAUUACUCACUCUUUCCACUUCUGAUCUCUCUGUGAGGACUGUUAUGUGUUCCCUUGGUGCUACAGUAUGGGGCAGCAUAUUCCUGGUCUGCUUGCUGUGUUUAGCAUAUUUGUGGAACCUAUCGUUGGCUUUGGAAAUGGUCAGGUGACUGUGGCUUGUGACUCCAUGCUUCCAAAGCAUGGCGCCAUUCCUCAGAAAUCGUCAAGCCCUGCCAUCAUCACUGUGGACAAACAUAAAAUCAAUGCUAGUGAUCAAAUAAAAGUUACCCUCACCGUGAGGCAGUCUGGAACUUCACUCCAAGGAUUUUUUAUACAAGUACGCAAUGCUGCUGACCUGAAUGCUGGACCUCUUGGGAACUUCACUUUGAUUGAUGAUCGGAACUCCCAGCUCUUGACUUGUGGGGGUGUGAAAGACUCAGCAGUCAGUCACAAAAGCUCAUCAGGAAAGCACACAAUUGAGGUCCUUUGGAACCCACCUAUGCUGAAUCCAGAUCACAUCCAAUUCCUGGCCACAGUGGUUCAGAAGUUCAAUAUUUAUUGGGUCAAAAUACGUGGUCCAAUAAUUUCUCAAGUAAAUGCUUCUUCUUUGUCACAACAGUUUGCAACUGAAUCUCCACCAAAACUAUCAACAACCAUCCAGCUAGCUAAACCAGUUAAUGCCACAGACUGUGGUAAUCAGAAAUCCUGCCUGCGGAAUCCGACUGGAUGUGACCCUGAGCUCGACAGAUUGUGCUUCUUCCUCUCGUUUACACCACAGGGCUCCUCUGUACUUUUUGAGUUGAGUGGACCAUCCAAUGGGUACAUCUCAUUUGCCCUGUCCGAUGACAAAUGGAUGGGUGAUGAUGAUGUUUAUUUGUGUGUUGUUAAUGAUCAAAGUGUACAGAUCAAUCCAGCCCAUUCGACUGGCCGCUCACAUCCAAUACUGGAUUCACAGGCUUCUAUUUAUGACAUGGCAUGGAGGUUAGAAGAUGGGGUGACCCAGUGUUCAUUCAGAAGGAAAACACGGCUCCCUGAAUUUAGUGAACGUUUUGACUUGGACAGAAAAUACUAUAUUUUUCUAGCAGACGGGAACACAGAAAAUGGAAGAAUUCAUAAACACCAUCAGCAACCACUGAUUUCGCAGGAGAAGGUACAUCUGCAUGGGUCUCUGAAAGAACUGACAGGUUCUCGGUCACCAGGAUAUGUUAAGGCUCAUGGAUCAUUAAUGUUUAUUGCAUGGGUGACAACAGCCAACACUGGUGUUAUCGUAGCUCGAUUCUUUAAACCUGUCUGGCCAUCUACCACAGUGUUUGGGAGGAAGAUCUGGUUUCUGGUGCACAGCAUUCUGAUGAUGACCACAGUAUUCUUUACAUGCAUUGGUUUUAUUCUUCCUUUUCUUUACAGAGGAGGCUGGAACCAGAAUGCUGGUGCUCAUCCAUACUUUGGCUGUAUAAUACUUACACUGGUGAUUCUACAGGCACUUGUGGCCAUAUUCAGAACCAAUCCGUAUGCUCCCAGGCGAUAUCUCUUUAACUGGUUUCAUUGGACGACAGGCACUUUUGCUAGAAUAAUUGCAGUUGGAUCGAUCUUUCUUGGAAUGGAUCUGCCAGCUCUGGAUCUCCAUAACCCUUGGGAUACAUUAGUAAUGGUUGGAUUCAUAAUUUGGCAUGUGGCAACAGAACUAAUUCUAGAAGCACAUAAUUACAUAAUUACUAGUAAAGCACGGAAACGAGAAGAGGAUAAAAUGGAGAUAAUGGAUUCGAGUGAAUUGAUUGAUCCACAGGGUCAUAGGCUUAAAAUGAUGAUAUUAACAAUCUACAUCUGUGGAAACCUAACAUUUCUGAUAACAUUACUUGUUGGAAUUAGCCUUAUUUGAUGGUCACUCCGAAGCCUCCUGCAUUUUUGCUUCCAUUGAUCCGGUCUUUGCUGAUGCCGUCUGAUCUUUUUCUGAUGAGAUAGCUGCAUUGCCUGCUUGUCAUGCACCGAACUGAAGAUCCGUCAGCAGGGAACUGAAAUGCUGCACCAAAAGACUUACUAUUUCACUUUCUAUUUAGGAAAUAUCGCGAGUGCUAAUUAUUUAAAGAUUAACAGUGUUAAUAAUAAGCAAUAAGGCAGAAUUCAGUGAAACUGACUUUGAAUGAAGUGUGAAUAGCAAGCAGUUACAAUGUUUGUAGUUAUGGAUUACUUUAGUGGCUUUGGAUUUUUUUUAAUAGAUACAAAAUACUAAUAAAUGUAAUGUGGAUCAAAAGUAAUAUUAUUAAAAAGUAACC